AUGUCAGAUUCUGAGGAAUAUUCUGAUGCUGAAAUCAUCGAGAUCAUUGAUAAUUCUUCGCUCUCGCAAAUUUCCUAUACCACCGCCAACAACAGUUUAAGCGCCGAGAAACAAGAAGACAACACUUUGCGGACGAACGGUGAUAUUACUAUUGAAUUAUCAUUGAAAGAUAGCAAAUUUUAUGGGUUACCACCACUUGAUUCGAUUCUCGAGUGGAUAUUUUUUGACGGCCCCGGGAAUUCCCAGGUUUCGAUCAUCGUCAAAUUGCCCAAACACCUUUAUCUAAAUGAUCACAUAGCACCCAAUCGAACUGCGAUCCCAUUAGAGAAUUUUUUGUCAUUUGAUUUAAAAUAUCCACAACCUGAGAAUUUAGCACGAAAAUUCGCAUGUUUUCCUGUCAAUGCUGAUGACUUUGCUCGUCGACUUCUUCAGCUGGUUAUCCCAAUACCCACAGAUCAUGCAUCAUGUAAUCAUUCUAACAAACAAUUUGCCAUCCCACUAUUUCCCAGCAGCUUCUCCAUGGCCACUAGUAUUUCAAUCUCUCAAGAGCUUAACCGUCUUGUGAAACUCCAAUCUCUUACUAGUAACUCCUCUAUAUUAUCAACCGGAUAUAAUCAUAUAAUCUCUACCCUUAAUCUCGAUGGUUUGACCCUCAUGAAGAAGUUUUUGCAAAAACGACGCACUUUGAGGAGUUUAGGUUUUAAUUCCAUGCUAUGGCGCUCAGAUCUUCUAAUGUCAAAAAUCAUUGAAAAUCAUCUACACCGUUACUUGGACUGGACAAUUCAGGUGACCGCCUCAAUAAAUGGGUUUCCCAACAUUACUGAAUUGAAACAAGCCAUGCUCGCUAAAUAUUUGAGGAUAUUCAUUUAUGAUGAUAUUAUUGAUCCCGAAAAUUAUCACCGAUCACUGUUGGAUUUUAAUGGAGAAGUGAAUAGGGAUACUACAAUUCGUCAAUUAUCGGAUUUUCAAAUAACCGACGCAGUGAACUGGUUAGAGAUAAGGUUACAGGAUAAUCGGUGUAGUGAUACCAGGUUUGGGGUGUUGAUAAUUGGAUCUAUUGUAUGUUUAUUCCAUUAUCGAUAUAUUAGUGAGCCAAAUAUUAUUGGAAAUAACGUCAUUAAACAAUUGAUGACGUUUAAUUUUCUAAAAGAUUACACGGGGCCGCAAGAAAUGAUCGAAUUGAGAUUGAAAUUGUUGAUGUUGGUAGAAAUUGCAACCAGGAAAAUGAUUUAUGAUCAAUUUAAACCUUAG